CACUGGACAUCAUCCACGGCCACUGAAUCAGGACACACUUCCUCCUAACCUGUCAUCGUGAGCUCAUGAUUCGUGACAGUACACUUCAUCAUCAUCAUCAUCAUCAUCAUCCUCUUCGGCUGCUCUUCUGAAGAGGUAGGCGGGGCGUCGGCGCUCUCCGCACGCCAUUGGCUGAGCCCGGGAAAGGUGUGCGCGGAAGUCUCUCUAUAAAUAGAGCGGCGCCGCGCGAGCGCCCGGUGAAGGAUGCCGCCGCAGGCUCUGAGGAUGUCCGGCAGGAGCGCGCUUCCGCUGCUCAGGUGCGCCGACCGCUGGGCUGACGUCAUCGCGUGCGCCGCGUCGCGUCAGGUGAAGACGCUGGAGCAGAUGCCCGGACCCUCCGCCGCGGGCUUCGUCUGGGACCUGUUCUUCAGACGCGGGCUGUCGCGCCUCCAUCAGCUGCAGCUGGAGGGCAGGAGGAGGUACGGUCCCGUGUGGAAGGCCAGCUUCGGGCCCAUCCUGACGGUCCACGUGGCCGAGCCGGAGCUGAUCGAGCAGGUUCUGAGACAGGAGGGUCAGCAUCCCAUGCGCUCGGACCUGUCGUCCUGGAAGGACUACCGCACGCUCCGGGGAGAAGGAUACGGGCUCCUGACGGCUGAAGGUGAGGAGUGGCAGGCCGUACGCAGUCUUCUGGCGAAACACAUGCUGAGGCCUAAAGCCGUGGAGGCGUACGACAGCACCCUGAACGCCGUCGUGAGCGACCUCGUCCACAAACUCCAGCUCCGCUCGCAGCAGGGCUCCGGGCUCGUCACCGACGUGUCUGCCGAGUUCUACCGCUUCGGCCUGGAAGGGAUCUCGUCGGUGCUGUUCGAGUCCAGGAUCGGCUGUCUGGACCCCGUGGUUCCGCUGGAGACCGAGCGCUUCAUCCGGUCCAUCAACACCAUGUUUGUGAUGACGCUGCUCACCAUGGCCAUGCCUCACUGGCUCCACCGGCUCCUGCCCGGGCCCUGGGACACCUUCUGCCGCUGCUGGGACUACAUGUUCCAGUUCGCUAAAAAACACAUCGACCAGCGUCUCGAGGAGGAGAGGCAGAAGAUGGCACGAGGAGAGUGUCUUGAGGGACGAUACCUCACCUAUUUCCUGUCUCAGGCCGGAGUUCCUCUGAAAUCGGUCUACAGUAACGUGACGGAGCUGCUGCUCGCUGGCGUCGACACGAUCUCCAGCACGCUGUCCUGGUCUCUGUACGAGCUCUCCAGACACCCUGAGGUCCAGACGGCUCUGCGGGACGAGGUCCGGCGCGUGAUGAAGGGCCGCAGCGUCCCCGGGGCCCGUGACGUGGCCGACAUGCCGCUCAUGAAGGCCGUGAUGAAGGAGAUCCUCAGGCUCUAUCCUGUGAUUCCCGCCAACGCUAGAGUCAUCACAGACCGAGAUAUAACCGUCGGAGGAUACCUGAUCCCGAGAAACACUCUGAUCACUCUGUGUCACUACGCCACGUCCCGUGACCCGCGUCAGUUCUGUGACCCGGACGAGUUCGUGCCGCGCCGCUGGCUGAGUCGGCCAGACGCUGGUCACCCGUUCGCCUCCCUGCCCUUCGGAGUGGGCAAGCGCAGCUGUGUCGGCCGGCGCAUCGCUGAGCUGGAGGUCCACCUGGCCCUGGCCCAGAUUUUAAUGCACUUUGACGUGGAGCCGGCGGAGGAGAGCGAGCCGGUCCGGCCCAUGACCAGGACUCUUCUGGUGCCUGAGAGACCGAUCAACCUGCGCUUCAUCGAGCGCUGAAGAGACGUCCGAGUGACUGGGUCAGAGACCGUCGCUGAGGGCCAGGAGGAUGAUGGGACGUCCUCUCCAGAAUCCAGCUCAAGAACUCACCUGAGAUCCAUUAGAUAUCUGACCGAGACGAGCUGAAGAGGCCCAGAAUCUGCUGCAACGUGAAGAACAGCUGAGGAGCAGUGUGUGUGUGUGUGUGUGUGUGUGUGUGUGUGUGUGUGUGUGUGUGUGUGUGUGUCCCUUCAGACUCCAGGGGCCUGUACCAUGAAGCCAGUUUAGCUGGCUAGCCAAAUAAGUUUCAGUUUAGUUCCCCAACUCGAGACCAAACCAGUUCCAUGGUACCUGAAAGCCAGUGUUCGUCGCCGUAGUAACUUACACUCCACUCUAACCAGCGCCGGUUAAGUUCUGGUUUAGAGAUCUCAAGCUGAAAUUUGACCAAUCAGCUUCAAGGAAAGUGACGCAUCUCUGAUGCAAUAAAAGCCACUCCCCCAGCUUCUCUUACUCUGAAUGAGAAAACUCUACACCGUAAACAUUAAGAUAAAAUCAUCUGAUCUUUAGAGAUGAUCUCGAUCCGUUACAAAAGCCAGCUUAGUUUAAUAGUACUUAUUAAGCUUUUAUUUUAAAUGAAUAUAAACAUAGAUAAUAUGCAAUAUAUAUACGUUUAGAAUCAAUCGCUGUGAACUAAAUAUGAGUUUAGAUAUUUUUGGUUUGGUUUUGUAAACUCUGUAACCCUGAGUCUGUUCACUAGACUGACGAGAACCCAGAAAGAACCGAAGGACCAGAAUCAAGAUACAGCUGUGUCUGGAGAAGUACUCCACUAUACUCUACAGGGCAGCAUUAGGGAUUACCUUUGUGCCAAAAAUCAUUAGGAUAUUAAGCAAAGAUUUUGUUUUGUUUUGUUUUUUUAUUUAUUCCUAUCAUAAAUAUAUCAAGUUGAUUUCUGAUUAGUGAUGAGCAUUCCUAAGACCUUCAUCUGAACAACUUUAAAGGUGUUUUUCUCAAUAUUUUUUUUCUUAUUUUUCAGAUAGUUGUAUCUCAGACCAAUCUCGUCUGAUCCUAACAAACCUUUAUUUAUUCAGCUCUCAGGUGAUGUUUUAAUCUAGAUUUGACUGGUUUUAUGGUCCAGGGUCAGUCUUUUCUUGAACAUCUCUGAUGAAGUGUGGGUU